GGGGGGCUGGAGUGGGGAUGGGGGUCCCCAGUGGCAUCUGUGGGGGUCUCCUGGGUGAUAUGUGAGGCACACAUGGCUGGAGAUGCAUUGAGGGUGCCCGUGGGUCUUCACGGGGGAUGUGGGGUCCCCGUGUGGCUCAGGGGUGUCCCUGUGGGUCUGGGGGCCCCCCCCAUAGGAGGCACAGGGGAUCCCUGUUGGGUGCUGGGGGUCCCAGAAGGUCAUUGAGUCUCCAGAGGGGGUCCCCACGGGGUUUCCCUCCACGGAGGAUCCCGAGGGUGCCCUGGGGGUCCCGUGAGGGUCCUGUGGGGCUGCGGGCUGUGGGUCACACCGUGGGGGUCCCACGGCAGGGAGGUCAGUGGAGGUCCCACAGGUGCAGUGCAGGCUCUGUGGUUCUGUGCACAUCCCCCGUGGGCUUGUGGAGCUCCCGGAGGGUCGCUGUGUCCCCAGGGGGGUUUCUCUGUAUCCCCUCGAGGUCCCUCUGUGCCCCACGGGUCUCCGCGUGUCCCCAUGAGGUCCCUUUGCGUCCCCACACUCCGCAGGGGGCAGCGGCACGUCCCGGUGCUAUACGUCCCUCCCGUCAGCAGAGGGCGGUAACGCGGAGGGAGCGGAGCAGACGAGAGGGCGGUGCAGAGCGGCCGGAAGCUCUGUGUCACGUGGCGGCACCCGGAAGCGGCGGCAGGAGUGCGGCCAUGAGCAGCGGCGGCGGCGGCAACGGAGCGGCGGCCGCUGGGACCGAGACCGGUGACGGUUUUGUUUCCAGUUCCGGUUCGGAGCGGCGGGUCCACAUCAUGGUGGAGUACUGCGAACCCUGCGGCUUCGGGGCCACCUACGAGGAGCUGGCGAGCGCCGUGCGGGAGGAAUACCCCGACAUCGAGAUCGAGUCCCGCCUGGGGGGCACCGGCGCCUUUGAGAUUGAGAUUAACGGGCAGCUGGUCUUCUCCAAGCUGGAGAACGGAGGCUUUCCCUACGAGAAGGACCUGAUCGAAGCGAUCCGCAGAGCCAGGAAUGGGGAACCGCUGGAGAAGAUCACCAACAGCCGCCCUCCCUGCGUCAUCCUGUAGCCCCGCGCCUGGUGGGGGUCUCCUGUCCCCU